CGGAAAGGUCAGUUCCAUGAUGGCUGAAGAUCCCGGAGGAGCUCAUUUCAAUUUCCCUCUCAUUUUCCUCGGUUUUUCGUUACCUCUGCUGGAACCAUGGCAGGGUACACAGUCCCGGUAGACAACCCGAGUCCUGCGUCGUCGCCAUGCCCAAGAAAGGGUACAGAAAACGGCUGAAAUUUCGAGCCGACGUUGUUUGCUCGGAGUCAGUAACGGUGGCUGACUAUGCCAACGCCGAUCCUGCCAUCGUCAAGUCGGGAAGACUGAAAAAAGCUAUCGCUAAUGCGUUUGAAAAAGAGGUGAAGCUGCUGUGUGGGCUUGAAGCCUCGCAAGGUCCUGUACAGGAAGUUUUGUCGUCAGCCGCCGACGAGGCGAAAGACGUGAAUGACAGCAGUGAAGAGCUGGACUCUGAGGAAGGUGACUGGGAAAGCAGAGGGUCACGUAAAAAGAAGAACAAAAGGCGCAAAGAAAACGGCGAAGGCGCAGACGGGGAAGAGUAUCCCAUCGACAUCUGGCAUGUUCUUGCUGCCUACAUCCGGCCUGAAGACAUCUGCAGGUUUGCGCUUAUUUGUAAGAAUGCCUGGACAGUCACAUGCACUGCUGCGUUCUGGAAAAGACUUUAUAGAAGACACUACAGUCUCGAUGUCGACCUCCCUUUUCGCUUUCAGCCUGACUCGCUUUCAAAGAUGCGUUUUCUCCGUGCCCGUGUAAUCCGCUCCCUCUUUCAUCUCUAUGAGCCGUUCAGUCUCCGAGUGUCCAAGAGUCCACCACUUCCCGAUUCGACUCCAAGCACACUACUCAAUUCCAAGUGUUUGCUGUUUUGGGUCAACAAAGUCUCCGGGACAAGAGCCGAGCCCAUGUGGGAAUUCAACUUCAAGUUUAAAAAGCAGCCAACCAAAGUCAAAAAUGGCUGUGCUCACAGCCUUCUGCUGCCCAUGCAGUAUAAGGACGUCAACUUUAACCCAGACUCGGACUGCUACCUGCUGCGUGUCACCACCCUCAACUUCAUCUUCACUUCUGUCGUUAUGGGCAUGACUCUAUCCCUGUUUACCAUUAACGUGAGCACGGACAUGCGGCACCACCGGGUGCGCUUGGAGUUCCAAGAUUCCCCCUUAUUCCAGGGGAAAAGGCUGAGAGGGGAACCAGGCGUCCAGGUUGUGCUGGACCCUGUUCACAGCGUGCGUCUCAUGGACUGGUGGCACCCACAAUUUCCCAUGCUGCCUCACUCUUGAUCCGUGGAACGAAGAAUGAGGCAUGCUUCUGUCGUUGGUGACCAUGCAGGACUUUUUUUUUUUUCCUUUUCUGAUUUAUUUUAUUUAAUUUAUUUAUCACGCUCAUUUGAGCGAAAACCACAGGUUUUGGUUUUGUUCAUUUAUUACGUGUCCAACGAUUUCCCUUUACCCCAAAUCAUUUCUAGUCAAAGACUGGUUUUCUGAUUGAUUCUGAGGGUUCAGAAUAUGACCUGAGGAAACAGCAUGUUGUCUUGCAUGCACUGCAUUAAUAAAUGUUACACAACAAAACCACAACACUCAUCUCAUACACCUUUUAAAUGGUCUUCUGAAUCUCGUGUAUCUGUAUUGAGCGUAGAAGAGGUGUUUUCUAUGCUUGAUGUCCGGUCUAGUGAAUAAUGUACACUAGAUUUUUUUAGCUGUGUGUUACCGGUAGGAUCAGGGUGGUGGCCAUUUUUAUUGUUUUAUUUUUCGAUUGCGUGCACGUGUGUGUUUACACGCAGUCGCAGUAAUGCAUGCUUUAUCAUCUUAAGUUAAAUUGUGUUGAAGGAUGUUUUUUUUUUUUUGCUUUUAUGUUUAUUGGGUCACAGCUUUAGCAUUUUUUUUUUUAGAGAAACAACACUUCAUAGGGUUUUUUAUAAGACUGUUUUGUUGUUUUUUGUUUGUUUGUUUUUUCCUCUUCCAAAUGGGAUGCUCCAGAGAUGAGUUCAUUAUUUUCAAUGGGAAAAAAAGGGAUCCUUGAUAUGAAUGACAGGCCACUAAAAUGCGCAUGUAAUAAAUAUGACAAGUUCCAACCUUU